AACACCCAACAUCUCAUGUCUCGAACCCAGCCAAACCGACAAUCAGCCAACCUCCACAGCUCCCGUCCUGGAACACGGAGUGGAUGUAAGCAUGCAGGGUAUCACUGAAUCUGACAGGGGGGAAGCCAAUCUGGCAGCCCUUUUGUUUGAUGCGAUCAAUUCGGAGGAGGAAUAUGGCGUCUAUCAUGCAUUAGGUAACAUGAACGGGAGACAAGUUCCGUCCGGAAAGGCCGGCGGGGUUGGGGGUUGUUCAAAAGAAGCAAAAGCUCUCUUGUUAGAGCAGUUAUCAGAUGGGGUCUAAGCUUUGGAGGCGGCAUGGCACCGUUCACUCGGUCGUUCCCUUUCAUGAGCUUCAGUUUGAGGGUUGCAGGCAGUCUGCGCAUCAUUCGCUCCCAGGUGCCCUGGACCGGCCAGGUUCUAGGUUGAGGGAGGUUCACCCAAAUGCCCGCACGCCGUAGAAUUCCCAUUCACUUUUAACCCCGAAACCUUGACCAAGCCUGCCCACUCUGUGCCAAUACUUUCUUCAACCCCCAUCAGCCAAAAACGCAAUCCUCUUCUUCCACUUUUCUCGUCGUCCUCACAGUCUCCUUCUCCCUCGCUCAACCACCAACGCGACGAACUUGGAAUAUCGAUUCACACUAGACGACCGCUACAAUGGCAUCUGAUCACCAUGGAGCUGCGGUAGAGCUCAAGGACAACACCGUCAUCGUUGUCCUUGGCGCCUCUGGCGAUCUCGCUAAGAAGAAGACCUAUCCCGCGCUCUUCGGACUGUACCGCAACCAAUUUUUGCCCAAGGACAUCCGGAUUGUGGGCUAUGCCAGAACUAAAAUGGACCACGACGAGUACAUCCGCCGCAUCAAGUCGUACAUCAAGACUCCCACGAAGGAGAGCGAGCAGCAGCUUGAGGAGUUCUGCUCCAUCUGCACAUACGUUUCCGGCCAGUACGAUCGCGACGACUCCUUCCUGCAGCUCAACAAGCAUUUGGAGGAACUGGAGCAAGGAAGGAAAGAGAACAACCGACUCUUCUACAUGGCUCUGCCUCCCAGCGUUUUCACCAUUGUUUCACAGCAUCUCAAGAAGUGUUGCUACCCCUCCAGGGGCGUUGCCCGUGUUAUUGUCGAGAAACCCUUUGGCAAGGACUUGGCAAGCUCUCGAGAACUGCAGAAGUCUCUUGAGCCCGACUGGAAGGAAGAGGAGAUCUUCCGUAUCGACCAUUAUCUAGGCAAGGAGAUGGUGAAGAACAUUCUCAUUCUGCGUUUCGGCAACUCCUUCCUUGGCGCUACCUGGAACAGGCAUCACAUCGACAACGUCCAAAUUACAUUCAAGGAACCCUUCGGCACCGAGGGCCGUGGUGGCUACUUCGACGAGUUCGGCAUCAUCCGCGAUGUGAUGCAGAACCAUCUGUUGCAGGUCCUUACGUUGCUUGCCAUGGAACGCCCCAUCUCUUUCUCCGCUGAAGAUAUCCGUGAUGAGAAGGUGCGGGUCCUCCGCGCCAUUCCGGCAAUCGAGCCCAAGAAUGUCAUCAUUGGACAGUACGGCAAGUCGCUUGACGGAAGCAAGCCUGCUUACAAGGAAGACGAUACGGUCCCCAAGGAUUCCCGCUGCCCCACUUUCUGUGCGCUAGUUGCGUACAUCAAGAACGAGCGUUGGGAUGGUGUACCUUUCAUCAUGAAGGCAGGCAAGGCCUUGAACGAGCAGAAGACCGAGAUCCGCGUGCAGUUCAAGGACGUCACAUCGGGCAUUUUCAAGGACAUUCCUCGCAACGAACUCGUUAUGCGCAUUCAGCCCAACGAAAGUGUCUACAUCAAGAUGAACUCUAAGCUUCCCGGCCUGAGCAUGCAGACUGUUGUCACCGAGCUUGACCUCACCUACAGGAGACGCUUCUCCGACCUCAAGAUCCCCGAAGCUUACGAGUCCCUUAUUCUCGACUGCUUGAAGGGUGACCAUUCCAACUUUGUCCGUGACGAUGAGCUCGAUGCCAGCUGGAGAAUCUUUACCCCUUUGCUCCACUAUCUCGAUGAUAAUAAGGAAAUCAUCCCGAUGGAGUAUCCUUAUGGUUCUCGCGGCCCGGCUGUUUUGGAUGACUUUACGGCUUCGUACGGGUACAAAUUCAGCGAUGCUGCGGGCUACCAGUGGCCCACAACCUCCGCCAUGGGGUCGGGCAUGAAGUUGUAGAUUCGCAACGUUCUCACUAUCCUCCCGUCGCUCCGGAUGAUGGAUAUGCUUUAGUACACGCGGUGUAAUCUGCGUCAUGGGUUGACAAAGGAAGGAGCUGUAUCACGUCAUGAGCAGACACGUUGGGACUAAAUCUUGCUUCCAUCUCCCCUGGGGUUUUUGUGCGUUUUCUUGUUAUGUGAUGCUAGGAAAAGCAUCAAAGGUAGAUUCAUGAGAUUCAAAAGAGGCAUGUAUGGGUUUAUAGGUAACAGCGGGCAUGGCUGUUGUUAUGUCCUUCACGAUCCGGAAAGAAUAAUUUCAUGAUGAGGUUUCUUUCGUAUGGGUGUUGGGGAUACAGGUGGUGACUUGGCACUCUGGUGCCUGGGGAAGGUCAAAGACGUCGUAGUAUAUCUUGAUCAUACUGGGCCAAAUCUGAGCAGCCAACUGGUUAGAGAAAGCUUUAUACCUUAACAGCAAGUUCUUUCAGACUGAGCGUUGCGCACAGUGCACUUUACGGUAAUCAUUGCUCUCCACC